UAGCUGUCAGUAUAUGGCCUUUAAUGUAGAUACUUCAGGUGGAGGUAAUCUGGCCAUUUUACCAAUAAAUACGUCUGGGAGAUUGACAACUGCAUUGCCAAUGCUGAAGGCACAUGGAGAUUUUGUAACAGAUUUUGAGUUUUCUCCCUUUGACGACUUCCUCUUGGCAACUGGUUCAGCAGAUAACACAAUAAAAGUUUGGCAGCUUCCAGAGGACAAUGCUAACUUGACAGAGACCAUAUCAAAUGUUAGUCCUGUUAUAGUGUUACCGGGCCAACAGCGUAGGAUAGAGAAUGUUACCUGGAACCCAGUCGCUGAAAACAUAUUGACUGUUACCUCACACAAUACUGUUAAAUUGUUUGAUGUAUCUCAGGGAACAGAAAAAUGUUGUAUAGACAGUCACAAAGACCAGAUACAAAGUGUGAGUUGGAAAGGUGAUGGGACAUGUAUAGUGACCUCAUGUAAAGAUAAACUUCUCAGAGUUAUAGAUCCUCGUUCAUCAUCUGUACAACAGGAAGGAUCAGGACACCAGAAUGUAAAAGAUUCCAGAGCUGUAUGGUUAGGUAAUAAAGACAACAUAGUAACAACAGGAUUUGGUAGUUCAAGAAACAGAGAAAUCAGUAUCUGGGACAGUAGAAAUUUGUCUUCAUCUUUAAACACAAUAUCAGUAGAUGCAUCCUCAGGGACUUUAAUACCAUUGUAUGAUGCUGAUACAGAUAUGAUCUUCUUUGCUGGCAAGGGAGACAACACCAUCAAAUAUUGUGAAAUCACAGACAAGACUCCAUAUCUUCAAGAAGAUUCAGUGGCCUCUACUGAACAAAUAAAAGGAGCAGGACUGGUACCUAAGUUAGCAUUAAAUGUAAUGGCAGGGGAGGUAAACAGAAUUCUGAUAUUGACCAAAUCAAAUGUUCUACCUACACCUUAUAUAGUACCCAGAAAGUCUUACAAAGAAUUCCAUGAUGAUCUGUUCCCAGACACACCUUGUGGGGAACCAGCAUUAUCCACUGAUGACUGGUUCUCUGGUCAAAAUGCUCAGGUACAAUGUACAAGUUUAGAUCCAGCAAAGAGAAAGAAACGGCAAACAGGAAGUAAGGCAAUUGGCAGCAAGGGAGAUAAUCAGACCAAUAGUAUCAGUAGUACCAAAGAGAUUACAAAACCAAAGGAAACAAGCAAACCUGUGAUACCAGAAACAAAAGACAUUCCACAAACCACUAAACCAGAGAACUCAGGAAAAGAUUCAUCAAAUGUCAUUCCAAAACAAGCCACACCCACUAAAGUAACUACAGACACACCCACCAGUGCUGGCACACCAACCAAGAGAAGUUCAGACACACCUAAGGAACAAAGCCCCGCCUUAACUUCAGCUAAUAAACCUGUCACAAAAGUAUUUACAGCUGUUAGACAAUCAAAGUUCAAAUAUCUGAAAGGUCACACACUACACAAAAGUCUGCAUAUAGAUAAUAUACGAAAACUUUACCAUGGGGUACCAGGAGAAAGUGACAUGUUUUAUGCUAACCAAACAAGAUGUGUAGUACCAGUAGAAGGAGCUGGUGGCCUGCUCUCUGUUCUAGAGUUCAAUAAACCAGGAAGAUUAGCAGACACUGGGACCCCAGUAUUACAACAUAAAAGUAAAGCUACUGACUAUGUAUGGGAUCCAUUCAAUGAUAGCAGACUAGCUGUGUCAUGUGAUGAUGCUAAAGUAUGGUUAUGGAACAUACCAGAGGGAGGACUGACAGAAACAGUUACAGAACCUACCAUGUAUCUUAGGGGACACACAGAGAAACUGUAUUUUGUCAGAUUUCAUCCAUUGGCCAGGGAUAUACUUGUUUCAUCAGCUUAUGAUUUCACUGUAAGAAUAUGGGAUUUAACUGAUGGCAAGGAAAAGUUACAGCUCACAACGCAUCCUGAUCAGGUAUUCUGUGUAGCCUGGAGUCCUGAUGGUAGAUACCUGGCCACAGUGUGUAAAGAUGGAAGAGUCAGAAUAUUUGAUCCAAGAAAGUCACCAGAUGCUAUAAAGGAAGGAGAAGGCCCAGAUGGACCAAGAGGAGCCAGAGUUGUUUGGGCAUUGAACAGGAAAUAUCUGGUUAUAACUGGAUUUGACAAACUAUGCAGCAGACAGCUAUACGUUUAUGAUGUAGAUAAAUUGGAAUCUCCUCUGUACAUUCAUCAGUUAGAUUUUAAUCCUGCAGUACUGGUACCCUACUAUGAUGAAGAUAGUCAAACACUGUUUGUAACAGGAAGGGGUGAUGGAAUUGUCCACAGUUUUGAGAUAUCCUCAGAACAUCCUCACAUCUUUCCAUUGUCUCCAGUCCAGUUUGAUGGACUCCACCAGGCUCUAUCAUUCCUGCCCAAGACUUGCUGUGAUGUCAAGAAAAUAGAGUUUGCCAAAGGUUGGAGGUUAACAAAUAACACUGUUGAACCAGUUUCCUUUACACUACCCAGAGUUAAGACUGAAUAUUUCCAAGAUGAUGUCUUCCCUGAUACCAAAGUAAUUGACAAACCAGUUAUGACCAGUGCAGAGUGGUUGUCAGGAGCCAAUACUCCUCCAGGAACUGUCAGUCUGAGACCAAAGGAUAUGAAACCAUUGAGUGAGGCGCCUGUAGAGGCUCCAAAAGAGAGGAAAUAUGAAAGUUUUAAUCCUGAUACAUAUAAAAGUGAUGAACAGAAGAAAGAAGAGUUACUUGAUGCAGUGACAAAGAAAUUAGAAAUAAAAGAAUCACCAUUACCACAAGACCUAGCUGAAGGUGUUGACGAUGAUGAAUGGGGUGAUGAUUGA